GAAAUUUCCAAAUACCUAACAUUACCUGAUGCUGUUGAUAAAAUCAAGAUGGCAUUAAACUCAGGGUCACCACCAGGUGCUGGACCUUACUAUGAAAACCAUGGAUACCAGCCAGAGACCUUCUUUCCCCCGCAGCCCCCUGGGGCUCCCAAUGCCUGCCCAGCGUACCCGGCCCAGUACUACCCAUCCCCUGUGCCCCAGUACAUCCCGAGGGUUGCGACGCAUACUUCGACGCCCAUCAUCCGCCCACAACCCAAGUCCCCUUCGGGGACUGUGUGCACUUCAAAAACCAAGAAAGCCCUCUGUGUCACCUUUGCGCUAGGGGCCAUCCUUGCUGCUGGGGUGCUGGCCGCCGUCCUGGUCUGGAAGUUCUUGGACAGCAAGUGCUCUGUCUCAGGAAUAGAGUGUGGCUCCUCUGGAACCUGUAUCAGCCCCUCACACUGGUGUGAUGGCAUCUCACACUGCCCCAGCGGGGAGGACGAGAACCGCUGCGUGCGCCUUUAUGGACCAAACUUCAUCCUGCAGGUGUACUCGGCCCAGAAGAAGUCCUGGCACCCUGUGUGCUGGGACAACUGGAGUGAGAGCUAUGGGAGGGCAGCCUGCAGAGACAUGGGCUACAAGAAUAGUUUUUACUCCAGCCAAAGCGUGAUAGACAACAGCGGUGCUAUCAGCUUUAUGAAACUGAACACCAGUGCUGGGAAUAUUGAUUUGUAUAAAAAACUGUUCCACAGUGAUGUGUGUUCUUCAAAAACAGUGGUUUCUUUACGCUGUAUAGAGUGUGGGGUCAACAUCAAGAUGAACCGCCAGAGCCGGAUUGUUGGGGGCGAGAAUGCUGCCCUGGGGGACUGGCCCUGGCAGGUCAGCCUGCACGUCCAAGGCGUCCAUGUUUGCGGAGGCUCCAUCAUCACCCCCGAGUGGAUUGUGACGGCCGCUCACUGUGUGGAAGAACCUCUUUCCAACCCACGGUAUUGGACAGCCUUUGCGGGGAUUUUGAGGCAGUCUUUCAUGUUCUAUGGACAAGGAUACCGAGUAGAAAAAGUUAUUUCUCAUCCAAAUUAUGAUUCCAAGACCAAGAACAAUGAUAUUGCUCUUAUGAAGUUGCAGACCCCUCUGACUUUUAAUGACAGAAUAAGGCCUGUGUGUUUGCCUAACCCGGGCAUGAUGCUGGAUCCAACACAGACCUGCUGGAUUUCUGGGUGGGGAGCCACCCACGAGAAAGGGAAAACUUCCGAACUGCUGAACGCAGCAGAGGUGCACCUCAUUGAGCCCUGGAUAUGUAAUAAUAGAUACAUCUAUAACAAUCUCAUCACACCUGCUAUGAUCUGUGCAGGGUAUCUGGAAGGAAACGUUGACUCCUGCCAGGGUGACAGCGGAGGUCCUCUGGUCACUUUGAAGAGCAGCAUCUGGUGGUUGAUUGGGGACACGAGCUGGGGAUCUGGGUGUGCCAAGCCAAAUAGGCCAGGAGUAUACGGAAACGUGACACUAUUUACAGACUGGAUUUACCGACAAAUGAGGAGGCACAGAAGCAAAGGUGUGGAUGUGGUGUGCAACCUUUUCUUCCACCUAAAGAAGGGCUACAUGAUCAUCAAGUGCAGCAGCCAGCAGGACAUCAGGACAGGUUGA